UUAGAGGAGCAGAUAAGUCCAAGGUGGUAAAGGAAAUGAGCAGCAGACUGACAGAAAAGAAGCGCUGCAAUAGAAAUUGACGCUAUUCCUGAAUCCGGACACAGAAGCUAUGAAACACCAGGUCAUAGUUUGCCUCCUGCUGCAGCUCACUUUUGAGCUCGCCUCAUGCAUGCAUAUCCAGACAUCCCAAGGGUCCAAGGUGGAGCUGCCCUGUUACUCAUCUGAAAGCGACAUCGCUGGCGCAAACAUCACCUGGACGUUUAAUGGACAAAACAUAGGCGCUAUUCCUCAGUCACCUGGCUCAGCCCAACUUAUAAAGAAUGACUUUUACGCCUCUAUAUCCCCCGUAACUGCUGCCAGUGAGGGUAAGUAUGUGUGUCUGGCAGUGUGGGAUCAAGGGGAGGUGACGACGACGUACAGCCUCAAAGUCGAAUCCUUUCACACCACCGUUAAGGUGCUCGAGGGCUCUAAUGUGUUCCUCCCGUGCUAUUUACCAUCUUCCAGCGGCGUCAUCUCUAACGCAAGGUGGUUCAAGGAAACCGGUGCCGGUCAAAGAACAAGGCUGAACACAGAAGACGUUACGUCAGGCGAAAAAAUUGAACUGCUCUCACCAAAUGAACAGGAUCAGACCAUCAUGAUGAGAGAGGUUGCAACGGGGGAUGCUGGAGUUUACGUCUGCGAGUCUGUUACGGGGGAAAAGCUCAACUCUUUACACCUCGAAGUUGAAGCUCUUCCCACGUCCUCUCCGCGCUCAUGCAACGACCUGGUGGAAGAGCUGCAGCCCUGCCAGGAGGAGAACAGCCGCACAGCCGAACCCAUACUGCGAGAAUCUAUCACAGAGUUUUCAAUGAAGCUCUAUUCCUACCUUAAACAAGAGCAACCUUCAAGCAACUUACUCUUCUCUCCAAUCAGCAUCGGCUCCAUCCUCUCUCACCUGUUGUUAGGUGCAAGCGGUAACACCCGCACGGCUCUGGAGGGAGCGAUCUGCGUGCCUCACGACUUCCACUGCGUUCACCUCCAGAUGAAGAAGCAGAAAGAGAAGAUGGGGGAGUCAUUGCAGAUGGCUUCCCAGAUCUACUAUAACUCCCAAAUGAAUCUGAGUGAGUCCUUCAGCCGCCGGUCGGUCGAGUACUAUGACGCAGAACCCACAAAACUGCUGGAGUCCAGCGAGGAAAACACGCGCAUGAUUAACCUCUGGGUGGCAAACAAGACCAACAACAAGAUUACAAAUUUAAUCAGUGAAGUGUCACCAAACGCUCAACUGAUCAUGAUCAACGCGGUGUCGUUCAGUGGUCAGUGGAAGUUUAAGUUCAAUGACAAACCAAAAAAAGGACUUUUCACAAAAUUCAGCGGAGACAUGGUAAGGGUUCCAGUCAUCCAUAGUCCGAAAUACCAGGCGACUAUGAUGUAUGUUCCAGAGCUGAAGGCACAGGUCGCGAGGUUUGCCCUCACGGGCGACAACAGUCUCUACAUCCUGCUGCCGCAUGCCAACAAACUGUCUGACCUGCAGCAGGUGGAGGAGAGGAUGACGGACGGAAACGUGCGCCGAAUGAUAGAGCAACUGAACGCAGCCUCCCCCCAGACACUGGAGGUCAAUCUGCCCCAAAUCAAGCUGGACGUGGAGCCAAACAUGAACGUGCUCUUCAAGAAAUUAGGCUUGUCUUCGCUUUUUGAGGGCGCCAGCCUGUGUGGCAUCUCCUCAGACGGCGAUCUGGUUCUGGACGAGGCCAAACACAAAGCCUUACUCACCCUGUCCGAGCGAGGAGUCGACGCCAACGCUGCCACCAGCUUGUCGUUCUCGCGCUCCUUCCCUACCUUCAUCGCCUUGCGGCCUUUCAUCAUGCUGCUGUGGAGCGAUCAGGCUGACGUGCCGCUCUUUAUCGGCCGGGUGACGGAGCCAUAGGCGCCAUGAGGGGAGAAAAGCAAAUAAGCAGAAAAAAAAUGAUUAAUGGAGUCUGCCUGUCAAAGAGUUGAGAAUAAAUCAUGCAAGAUAGCAUCAUUUUUUUCCCCCCCUGAAACCCGAUGCAGUUAGCUGUACCUUUUGAAACAGUGCAGAUGAUUUUUUUAUGUGGUGCACUAAUGACAAAUAAACGAAAAAUGCACCUAA